AUGUCGGACGAUGAGUUUAUGAUGGAUGAUGCAAUUGAGGAGGAUUAUGGCUUCGAGUAUGAGGACGAUGAUGAGGAUAUGGAUGCCGAUGCCGACACGGAGAAUAAGUACUAUAAUGCAAAGUCGAUUAAGGAUGAGAAUCCAGACGAAGCAUUAAAAGACUUGCAAGGUAUCCUAGAUGCAGAAACGCAACUUUCUGAAUGGGGCUUUAAGGCGCUGAAGCAGCAGACCAAGAUCCACUUUCACCGUGGCCACCAUGCAGCUGCACUCGAAACUUAUCGGACUCUGCUGCCGUACACGAAAAGCGCAGUGACGCGCAACUAUGCCGAAAAAACGAUUAACUCUGUGCUUGACUACGUAUCUGCAACGCCUCAAGUGACGCUCGAAAUUGUCGAGGCCUUUUACAAUGCGACUGAACAAGCGCUUGCCGCAUCGCAAAGCGACCGUCUUAAUGUAAAAAUAAAGUUGAAACUCGCACGGCUGUGGCUUCAGCGCCAUGAAUGGCCGCGGCUUAUACAGACUCUCAAGGGCUUGCGUGCUGAGGAAUUUGCGAUGGACAAGGGCGAUGGCCAGUCGAAGGGAACCAUGAUGCUUGAGCUGCUCGCUCUGGAAAUACAAAUGUAUCACGAAACAGGCAACAUUAAAAUGGUAAAAGAGACAAAGUAUGUCAUCGACGCGCUCACGACAGAAAACUGGGAGGCCGCGCAGGUCAAUUUUUUUCAAGCUUUCCGCAACUAUGAUGAGGCGGGUAGUCCGCAGCGUAUACAGGUGCUAAAGUACCUAGUGCUGGCACACAUGCUUAUGGGCAGUGAAGUCAACCCAUUUGACUCUCAGGAAACGAAACCUUAUCGUGACGACCCAAACAUUAUGGCCAUGACUGCCUUGGUCGAUGCAUACCAGCGUCGCGACAUCCAGGGUGCGGAGCGCAUUGUGGCUGAAAACCACGAUACGCUUACAGACGAUGCAUUUAUUAACGAAUUCAUUUCCGACGUAAUCAAGGAGCUGCGGAUCCAGUACUUGAUCGACGUCGUGCGUCCCUACGGCUCUAUCCGUCUCUCCAGUCUGUCGGAGCACCUGCAUAUUCCCCUUGAUCAGGUCGAGUCGUUCGUGCUUAUGCUUAUCCUUGAUGGCCGGAUCGAGGGCAAGAUGGACGAAGUAGCACACACGCUCACGCUCGGCAGCCCAUCCGUCACUUUGCAUGAAAAGGAGCAGAAAACGUUGUGCGCGUGGAGCGAACAGCUCGUGCAUCUUGCAGCGGCGAUUUCCACCAAACGCAGUACGUUUCGCUUAGAUCACUCACCACAGCAAACCGCGCAUUUCAUUAGCCGCCUAGAUUAG